AUAAUUCCAGUAACAAUGAACAAGUUAUUUUCCAGAUUGUACAGAUUAGAACAACAAACUUGUUACUUGAUCUCUAGCCGGCAAACAGCAGUCACACUCGAAAGUAAGCACAGAUACUCAAAAAUGGCAAGUGAAAAAUGUGUAUAUGUUACAAGACCAGAUGUGGCAGCCAUAGGUUUGGAUUUAUUGAAAAAAGAAUGUAAUGUAACAACUUGGAGUGAACCCAAUCCAGUGCCACGCGAAGAACUUUUAAAACAAAUAAAGGGCAAGGAGGCUCUAUUCUGUGCUCUCACCGAUAAAAUAGAUGCCGAAGUUAUUGCUGCUGCCGGUCCACAAUUGAAAUGUAUUUCCACCAUUAGUGUUGGUUAUGAACACAUUGAUUUAGCAGCCUGUAAGAAGAAUGGCAUACGUGUUGGCUACACACCCGAUGUACUAACCGAUGCCACAGCCGAACUGACUUUAGGUUUAUUGUUAUCAGUGAAUAGGCGUUUAAUUGAAGCUAACAAAGAAGUGUAUAAUGGUGGCUGGAAAUCUUGGGCACCCAGCUGGAUGUGUGGUCAAGGUUUGAAGGGUUCUCGUGUGGGUCUCUUUGGUUUUGGUCGCAUUGGUCAAGAGAUUGCCAGCCGUUUGGUGCCCUUCAAACCCUCCCUCAUCACCUACACCACACGCACUCAACGGCCCGAAGAAGCCAAGAAAGUUCAAGCCACCUAUGUAACAUUUGAGGAAAUGUUGAAGGAAUCUGAUUUCAUUAUAGCCUGUUGUGCCUUAACUGCCGAAACAAAGGAAAUUUUUAAUACCUCUGCAUUUGGUAAAAUGAAAAAGAAUUGCAUUUUUAUAAAUAUAUCUCGUGGUGCUGUGGUGGAUCAAAAGGCUUUGUAUGUGGCGCUUAAAGAGAAACGUAUAAUGGCUGCUGGUUUAGAUGUUACCACACCCGAACCGUUGCCAUUGGACGAUCCUCUCUUGACAUUGGAUAAUAUCGUUGUGCUGCCUCAUAUUGGCAGUGCCGAUACUAAUACACGUACGGAAAUGUCACGCAUAACGGCUGUGAAUAUUUUAGCUGGUCUAAAGGGUGAAAAAAUGUUGGCUGAAGUGGAAAUUUAAAAGAAAAUAAAUAUUUUUAUGUUAUUACAUUGAGAUGUAUAAUUAAUAAAAUGAUCUAAAAUUUUUAAAA